UCAAAGAGGAGGAGGAGGAGGAGGAGGACCAUCCACAACAGGACCUCGAUAUGCCGGAACGAUUCACGGUUACACCGGCGACCAGCGCGCCUUCACCUAAGGAACCCGUUUCUAUCGAUGUGAGAUUCGGUGACGGAGGUGGGGCGGCUGGUGACGGUGAACCAUUCGUGGGUGGCAACAAUGCCGAGAAGAUGUCAGGAUACGAGACGAACCUCUACCUCUACAGCGAGGAAAUGGAGGAUCGGCCUCGGAUCUCAACCCUCCUCAACAGUCUUGCCAACUACAGCAACACGAUACCAGCGGCGACGGACCCUGACAGCAAAUCGGCACAGGCCGCUGGUGGUGGGGCCCGAAUGGGGACGUUGAUCGGGGUCUUUCUGCCCUGCAUCCAGAACAUCUUUGGCGUCAUACUCUUCAUUAGAUUGACAUGGGUCGUUGGUACCGCUGGGGCAAUUCAAGGCUUCCUCAUAGUGCUCUGCUGCUGCUGUGUCACGAUGUUGACGGCAAUCAGCAUGAGCGCCAUCGCCACCAACGGCGUGGUUCCAGCCGGCGGGUCUUACUUCAUGAUAUCACGAAGUUUAGGCCCCGAAUUCGGAGGUGCGGUCGGCAUGCUUUUUUACAUGGGGACCACCCUCGCAGCGGCCAUGUACAUCAUUGGUGCUGUUGAAAUCGUCUUGACGUACAUGGCACCGGGGAUGAGCAUAUUCGGCGAUUUUACGAAAGACGCCAGUAUAAUGUACAACAAUUUUCGAGUCUAUGGUACUGGGCUGCUGAUGGUGAUGGGAACGAUAGUGUUUAUCGGUGUUAAAUUCGUCAACAAAUUUGCCACGAUCGCCCUAGCCUGUGUAAUAUUCUCGAUAAUCGCCGUCUACGUUGGUCUAUUUUACAACUUCAACGGAAGCGAAGCUCUCAAGAUGUGCGUUCUCGGCAAACGGUUGUUGAAAGACCUGAAGAACGUCACGGGAGGCUGCAAGACUGGACCAGACGGAGAGCUGGAUAGUAUUUUCUGCAAAAAUUCCACCUGCGACCAGUAUUACAAAGAUCACAAGCCCGAAGUAAGGAACGGAGUCCGAGGAUUGGCCAGUGGAGUUUUCAUGGAGAAUCUAUGGGGCAGUUUUCUGGAAGAAGGCCAAUUUCUUGCCUACGAUAACGAGCCGGAACACGUCAACACCCUGGGUGGUCCAAGCUAUAAUCAAAUUCAGGCCGACCUCACGACGACCUUCACUAUUCUAAUUGGAAUUUUCUUCCCCUCGGUAACAGGUAUCAUGGCCGGAUCUAACCGAUCGGGAGAUCUGGCGGACGCUCAGAAGUCGAUACCGAUUGGAACGAUAUGCGCGAUUUUAACAACCUCGACGGUCUACCUUUCGACCGUCCUUCUGUUCGCGGGUACAGUGGACAACCUCCUGCUGCGCGACAAGUUCGGUCAGAGUAUCGGGGGUCGUCUGGUAGUGGCGAACAUCGCCUGGCCGAACGAGUGGGUGAUACUGGUCGGCUCGUUCCUCUCGACUCUAGGAGCCGGUCUCCAGUCGCUAACCGGGGCGCCUCGACUCCUCCAGGCCAUCGCCCGGGACGGGAUAAUCCCAUUCCUGUCACCGUUCGCUGCCAGCUCAAGCAGAGGCGAACCGACGAGGGCGUUGCUGCUGACAGUGGUGAUAUGCCAGUGCGGAAUCCUCCUGGGCAACGUCGACUACCUGGCCCCCCUCCUCUCGAUGUUCUUCCUCAUGUGCUACGGGUUUGUCAACCUUGCCUGCGCCCUCCAGACCCUUCUUCGAACACCGAACUGGCGGCCAAGGUUCAAGUACUAUCACUGGAGCCUCUCCUUCCUCGGGCUGUCACUCUGCAUAGCGAUUAUGUUCAUGACCAGCUGGUACUACGCUCUACUGGCCAUGGGGAUGGCUGGACUCAUCUACAAGUACAUCGAGUACCGCGGUGCCGAGAAGGAAUGGGGUGAUGGGAUUCGGGGUCUCGCUUUGUCAGCUGCCAGGUACUCGCUUCUAAGGCUCGAGGAAGGCCCGCCACACACGAAGAACUGGCGACCGCAGAUUCUGAUCCUCGCGAAGCUUACCGACGACCUGGUACCCAAGUAUAGAAAGCUCUUCGCCUUCGCCAGUCAGCUCAAGGCCGGCAAGGGGCUGGCGAUUUGCGUCAGCUGCAUCGGCGGCGAUUAUGCGAGGUCAUCGGGCGAAGCAAUGGCCGCAAAACAGAGCCUCAGGAAGACCAUGGACGAGGAGAAGGUCAAGGGGUUCGUCGACGUCCUCGUCGCACGCAGCGUCGUCGACGGGCUUAGCUGCCUCAUUCAGACCACCGGACUCGGCGGCAUGAAACCCAACACCGUCAUCCUCGGCUGGCCAUACGGCUGGAGACAGUCGGAGGACGAGAAGACUUGGAAGGUCUUUUUGCAGACCUUGCGCAGCGUCACUGCUGCUCGUAUGGCGCUUCUCGUUCCCAAGGGGAUAAACUUCUUCCCUGACUCGACGGAAAAGGUCGUCGGGAACAUCGAUGUCUGGUGGAUCGUUCAUGACGGUGGUCUGCUUAUGCUGCUUCCAUUCCUCCUAAAACAACAUCGUACUUGGAAAAAUUGCAAGAUGAGGAUCUUCACCGUUGCACAGAUGGAGGACAAUUCUAUACAGAUGAAAAAGGAUCUUAAGAUGUUCUUGUAUCAUUUGAGAAUCGAGGCUGAGGUCGAAGUUGUCGAAAUGAUGGACUCCGAUAUUUCCGCUUAUACCUACGAGCGUACACUGAUGAUGGAACAAAGGUACCAAAUGCUGCGAGAACUUCGUCUGAACAAAAAGGAGUCCUUGGGAGUCGGCCAGACAUUGGUGGACUUCAACGAGGUACAAGCAAUUGUUGACCACCACCACAAUGUCGACGUCAAAACGGCUACAAAGGUCAGGUUCCAAGAGCCGACAAACCAGCCAGCCAAUAAAGCCAAUGGUCUCGAUGAGGCUCAGGAAAAAUUGGUACAGGAAACUGAACUGAAUACAAAGGAACUAGAAGCCGGUGAUUCAGGAGAAAAGGAUGAAGAUGUGAAGGAAAGCUCAGAGGAAACGGCUCACCUUGUCGGGGGAUCUCCCAAGGAAGAUAACAGAGAAAACAACGCUAAAGAGGCAAAGGAAUGCGAAGCUGACACCAAGACAGCGAAUCCAGACCCCACAGAACCUGAACAAUACGUUCCAGAUGAGGGCAAUGUGAGACGAAUGCACACUUCUGUGAAGCUGAACGAAGUGAUCGUCAAUAAGAGUCACGACGCUCAGUUAGUGAUCUUGAAUCUGCCUGGUCCACCAAGGGACACGAGGAUGGAGAGAGAGUCGAACUAUAUGGAGUUCCUCGAAGUAUUAACAGAAGGUCUUGAGAGAGUAUUGAUGGUGCGAGGUGGGGGCCGAGAAGUGAUCACCAUAUACUCGUGAACAGAAUUGGAGAAGUGGACCAGAUAUACAAUAAAGUCUUCACCAAUAUCAGCUCUGAGAAAGUUUGUUCUUCAAACCGUACUUACAAUGAUACUACUCGUACUUGUACCGAUGUCGUCACGCGUAGCGUCACACUAUGAAUUAAUUAUGUACUAUACGAUUAGUUCGUAUUGUUUUUAUAUUGUUUAUUUCUUUAUGAGAUUAUUUCUCACGAUUGCAGUAGAAGUUAUUAAAGUAGUAGUAUGUUAACUCCGUCAAAUUAUACGAAGUUAUAUAUACAAUAGACAAUCUAGUUAAAAAGAGGACUAUUAAUUUACGUCGCAUUUUGUAAUAGCGUCAAUUUACUACUGUGCAAGUUUUGGCUGUAACGCAGCUGGUCGCCCGCUGCUAAUACAUGCUCCGAACUAAGCAGUAGUUAGAUUUUAAACUUCGACUCGUUUCGAGUACAUUGUAUAUGCUCGCGCUAAAACGAAAAUCAAAAUUGUUCGGAGGCCAGGGUCGAAGCAUUUGUAAAACCAGCCACGAUGUAUGUAUACAUGGCAAACACGUGAUACAUAUAAUGUAUUAUAAAUAUGUAUAUGCGCAUCAGACUUCGAAAUGCUUCGGAAUUAGCCAAAGACAUGAACAAGAGAGGCUCACUUUUCUACAUGCGUUGUCGUUAGAAUGGUAAAACACUAUAUUAUUACGAUACGUGUAGUUAGACUUCUACUGCUUGUAAAUGGUGUCUAGGAUCUAGUCUCUACAAUCUACAAAGUCUAGGAGAGUAUUAGGAAUAUGUCUCAUCGCCAUGCCAUCUAGUGGACGUUCAAAUAUGCUUUAUGAACGAUAAUAGAUACUUGAUAGCAUUGAAAUUUUAUUUACAAUGUCGUUAAGAUUUUCAAGACAACUGAAUUAUUUUAUUUUUCCGUUUAUUAUCAAUCACUCUUAUCUAUCAAAUUUUAUAUUUAAAUCCACGAACUCAUUUUCAUCCUAUUGUUUCACUCGCUGUAUUAUACUACCGUGAACUUUACCAGUCAUAAUACUUUAACAAUAACGUUGACUAACUAAUAAUCAAAUCUCGUCUAUAAAUUACAGUUAACUACUUGUAUCCAUUGCGUAAAAAUGAAACCUUUUCUAAAAUCCGAUUUGGAAAAGCCAUAGCAACGUCCAUCGUAUGUCAGAUUGCAAAAUCAGUCAAAUGAGACGUGUUCACGCAGAUAAGGAAUUUGAAUUUUAUCGUCAACACGAGUAGAGGACAUUAAAGAAAAAAAGAUUAAUUCAAUUCGGUGUCGUUUGCAUGCCAUCAUAAUGUUAUAGUAUAUGAUUAUAAUAACAAUGUUACACGAAUAUUCGUACGCAGCGUACAUCGGCGCUCGAUUAUUAUUGUCUCGCGUUGUCAUUAGUUUCAAUGUGAAGCGAAUCUGAUGUAGUAAUGAAACUCAGUCGCAGGAUUUCUUAUAAUAGUUACCUAUGAAAAAGACAAUUGUUAUGGAUCACGUAAUUAUAUGAUUAUUAGCACAUCGGGAUCUACUCGAAAUAUAUAUAUAUAUUAUAUAUAUAUAACGGUUUCUGCGGUCAAGCAAAAUUUCUAAUAUAACGUGGUAAAAAUAUAGUUUAUACAUAUAAAAAUUAUUAUAUAUUAUUUUAAUCGCAAGCCCCAACCAGGUUUGAUAAUAGCCAAUCGGCCAAGAGAAAUUCUAAUUCAAGUUUAAAUUACUCAAUAAGUAUAUAAAUAAAUAUAUUUCAGAAGUAUAAGACAUACGUACUGUAAACGAAAUCUUGUCGAUGUAAAGUGUACGGACUUUUCAGCAAUAGUAUAGCUAGGAACACGAAAAAAAAAAAACUUACUGCGAUAAGAAACUUAAAUCCGAAUAAAAUAUGAGUAUAAUA